ACAGCAUUACACAAGACCUCCGAAGUACCAUGUGCUUUCAAAUAUUUAUUGUAAUAUGUAAUUGCAAACUGUUAGUGCUUCUUAAAUCCACGACUCUGGUGAUAUGUGCACUUUUCAUUUAUCAAGUCUUCUUCCUGUUACAAGAUAAUUGCUUAUCUGUAUCACCCAUAUGCUAUUAAUGAUUAAUGUCAUGCUCUUUAUCCCGAUAAGGCACAAGCAGUUUUUACAGUCACGCGACAGGGUUGGUGGGUGGGGAUUGGUUGGUGCCAGUGAAUGAACCAGAAGGGGGAGGCAUGGUCAGGCAUGGCGAGCCAGCUGGAGAGGGUUGCAGAAGUCACACAUCAGCUGUCAGCUGUUACAAUAAGCUCGAUGCUUAGAAGCCUGGAAGAAACAUAUACAUGCAGUGAUGGCAAGACAUCAUGAACAUGAGUACAAAAGAAACACUGUGCUUGUAAUUAGGAAUCCUGACAUAUACUAAGUACUCGUGACUUUAGUUGGAGGAACCACACUUUUCCUGUUUCCUGCUACAGUUAGCUUUUUCAGUGUCAGCAUUUUUUUUUUUACCCUGAUAACACAGCCUUAAAAGCAAGAUCAUUCAAUAGUUUGGUGUCUUUUAUAUUUGUGCAGUGCCAUAAUUAAAACACUAAUAAUAAUAAUAAUAAUAAUAAUAAUAAUAAUAAAAAUAAAAAGAUUAACUAGUAGUAUUCUUCUCUUUUUGCUAGUUUACAGUUCCAUGCUGGAGAAAUGGGCAAAUGGAUAAAGCUCCGUGGGAAUUCAUUUGGCCUGGGGUCUGUGGCCCAGGUAGUGACUGGUCAGGGAGUUUUUGGACACUACCUCAGCAUCAACCUGGGUUUUGGACUGGCUGUUGCCAUGGGGGUUUACGUUGGAGGGAAGAUCUCAGGGGCUCACAUGAAUGGAGCAGUAUCAUUCACGAUGUGUGUGUUUCAUCGCCUUAAGUGGAAGAUGCUACCUCUGUAUCUUCUGGCACAGCUAUUGGGGUCGUUUCUGGCAGCAGGGACAAUUUAUGCUGUCUACUAUGAAGCCAUUCAUGACUACUGUGGAGGAAACCUGACUGUGACUGGUGAGAAGGCCACAGCUGGUAUCUUUGCCACCUAUCCUGCACCAUACCUCUCUUUGAUGGCUGGAUUUUUUGACCAGGUGUUUGGCACAGGGAUGCUGCUACUGUGCCUCAUGGCUCUAUCCGACCAGAAGAACAAACCAAUCCCAGCAGAAAGCGAGCCUGCAGCAGUAGGUCUCCUGGUGCUGCUCAUUGGCAUUUCUCUGGGCAGCAACAGUGGGUAUGCCAUCAACCCCACCAGAGACUUUGCACCCAGGAUCUUCACUGCCAUGGCAGGCUGGGGAACUGAUGUGUUCAGGGCUGGAAAUGGGUGGUGGUGGGUGCCUCUAGUUGCUCCCCCCAUUGGAGGAGUACUUGGAGCGGGGCUAUACAAGGGCUUUGUGGAACUGCAUCACUCACACCUGUCCGAACAGGAUGGAGCGAUAGUGGAAGAGACUGUCCCUCUUGAUAAAGAGACAAACACCUGUGCAAAUGUAUGCGUGUGACACCCCAACUGUGUUAACAGCUAAGUGUAUAGCUGUGUGGACAUUAGGAUGCAGGUGAAACAUUUCAUGAUGACAUUUGCAAAUAAGAAUGUUUAAAUCUAAAAUGCUCGCUGUUUUUUUUUUUUUUUUUUUUAAACACAAUUUCAGAAUGAACUUAAGUCAGGGGCGGGGAAUUAAUUUUCCCAAGGGGGCCAGAUGAGAAACUGAGACUGUUGUGGAGGGCUGUACCAAUGUUAAUUUUAUCCCUUUAUCGACUGCUAUUAGUAACAGUAGAUGUUACCCUAAUUAUGGCCUCCUGGGAAAAUUAUUUCCCCACCCUUACUUAAGUUAUUUUACUAGAGUUAGUGUAAGUGAAAGAGACUGCAAUACAUAUAAAGUAUACACUAUUACACACUUUGAAUCACCAUGCUAGCUACUAUAAAAGUAAAAGGUUUAAGACAAAGAUGGGCUCAUUUUAGAGAUGAAAGAUUAGCAAAAACAAACUCGCUCACUCAUGCUCUGUUUUUAUUACUGCAAUAGCAGCUGAUGUAACCUUACAAGACACCACAAAUAUCAUUCACUUUAACAGUCAACAGGGGGCUACUUCAUGACUGUGGAAAAACUUAAGGGUAUGCAAAGAAAAGCAAACGGCUUCCAUAUACUGCAAUAAAGAUCAUGUAUCUUUUUGAAAAUCAAACACACAGUAGGAGAUGACUCCUCACAGCUUGAGAGGACAGCAGCAUAGCCAAAUGCAGACAUUUUUCUUUUUAGCGUUCCAGUGCACAGCAGCCUAAAGACAAACAGUAUGUGUCUUCUACUGCUCCAAAAGUACUUGAACCAAAAUUAUAGAUGUGAGAUUGGGUCUGCUGAGCUUUAUACUUAUAACAGCCAUCCAUCCAUUUAUUUAACUGCUUACCCACUUUAUGGCUGGGUGGGGGGUACACGAUGGGUAGGCUGCCAGUCUAUAGCAGGGCUAAAACUGAUUUAGACUUCUGUGGUGAAUUUUUUGUAGGGUAUAUGAUGUAAACUAUGGAAGUGGCUGACACCUGGUGUUUCAGAUGCAGUGCCAGCCACAGAAAAGUAGUUGAAAAUGCAUAAGAGGAAUCAACAGUACUGAAUAGACCAAUUAAAAUCGAUGAUUGAUGUCCCUGCUUUGACACAACGUGUAGUGUACAUCGUAGGGAGGUGUACACCAGGUUAGGGCCUAGGCUAAGUUGUAGGGUUUCAGAGGGGUUUGUGGUUAUGACGUACCUAUGGCAUAGAUUUAACACAGAAGUAUAAAUCCCUUGAAACAGAGACAGACAACCAUUCACACCUAUUCACACCUCCUGCCAAAUUAGAGUUCCAUUAGAAUGGAAAAUGCUAAAAUAUACGUCUGACAUUCACGCGCUCAUGAUGAAUAAUCUGAGCAGAUGCCAUUGUGGACGAGAUCAGUGUUCAUUUGUGAAGUUUACAUUACAGAGCAGCAUUCGUGAGGCACUGCAGUGAUACAAUGAUACAAAUAGUCCUUUUAUAAUAUAGCAUGUCAUGUUUUAGGCUUGUCUACACACUUAAGUCGUUUGUUGAUAGUGAAGCUCAAAAGCAUCUGUUGAGUCCAUACAACAGUUUGCAGUAGCAUCUGGUAUUGCAGCCUGUUAAACCUGUCAAACCCCUGUUAGUAUUAUCAGUUUCAAACUGUAGUUACAGUCAUGCAGGGUGUGAAUGACAUAUUAUUAAGUUUUCUUGCUUCCUCAAGGUUUACAGUCACUUAACAUAAACAGAUGUGUUAUCUACCCAUUUCCAAACUUCCUUUACAAAUUACAUGUUGCAUAUAAUACUUGUAUAAUGCAUUCAUAAAUGAGCAGCAACUGAAAAUCCCACAUAAACUGAUGGUGUCUGUUACGGUUACAGCAGUGGUACAAUUGUAAAAUUGGCUGCUUUGAUUUUUUUUUUUCUUUAACCAUUAGCUGUCAGUAGUGAACACUACAUUAGAUGAGUAAGUACUGAAUCUACACUGAUACAACUCACUGUUGAUUGAUUUAAGACUAAUUUCUGUGGCAACAUUUAGCAUGAAAAGGUGGAUAAAAUUCAGGAUUUUCUGUGUCUUUCUACAUUUAUUGAAAGUGUUAUUUUUAACCAUCUAAGCCAGGUUUGGGGGAAACUGGCAUCAGAUCCUCAAACCUAUAAAGUUUAGAAGCACUUUUGCCUAGUAUUAUGUCCAUAUCACCUUUCCACUGUGUCUAGCCAGCAAAUACCCUGGCUACAUAUCAACUCAGUCUAUGACAGCAUCCAUUCAUGUCAAUCAGCAUGAAGUCCAGCUGACGAGGGAAUUGCAGAAAUGCAGACAUGUUGGUCAGACUGACAGUGAAGGUGUCUUUAGCAGAAACGUCUUCAUCGUAUGGGUACCUUCUCACCGCUUUGCUCCACUUUGUCUUCCCGCAUUGCCUUGGGCCUUGGCUGCACCCCCUGAGCUGCACUGUGUCGACUGCUUCUUCUUGGGGGCAGGGACCUUGGCUUUGCCUUUGAAAGCCUUGGUAGGAUCCAGCUUGUUCAGAUAUAAAUCCCCAGCAGGAUCUGCCAAGCUGAGCUCACAGUUGAAAGUCAGGGGUUGGUAGAGGGAUGCCCACUGCUGCAGCAGGAAACAGGAUAAAGAUAAUUUAAGAUAAUCUAUGUAGGUAUGUGGACAAAAAUACAUAUGAAAAAAA